AUGGCCCGUCCCGACCCGCGGUUUGCUGCUCCGGAAUGUCUUAGUUUAACUGCCACAUGGACAGCUCCAUUUGUGUCCCGGAAAGGACGACCUGCGCCAGAGGGUCAGGAUGUUAUUUUGUUUCAUGAAGGUAGUGGAGCCUACGAACAAGCCGCUCCGAGUAAGUCUCGUCUCGGCGAGGCCGGUUCGCGCGCGUCUGCCACAUUCACCUCAUCAGACCAACCAGGCCCCUGGUCCGAUAUGUUCUCUCUGGGUCUGAUUAUUUGUGUGGUGUACAAAGCAGGGGAACCCGCACAAACCUCAUACGAGCGACAGUAUGCCCCUCGAGCACGCGUGCAAAACACCAUUACAGACGAUAUGGAAUCAAACGUCGGUGCUCCGACCGACGUAUCGCCUGAAUUCAGCGCUGAGGCCACUCGCGUUGAAAGGUUACGCAACGAUUCCAGUAUCCCGGAAGCCUUCCGCACGGCUGUUACUCGAAUGCCCAUGGAAUUGGUCGAACCGGUGGAGAAAAUGUUGUCCCGUUCUAGUCAGAAACGCCCCAGUUCCCAACUGUUCUCUUUGCUCAAAUUCUUCAACGACCCAUCCAUGCUUUGUUUGGAUGUACUGCUCAGUUUUGAGGAUAAAUCGCAGGAGGAUCGAAUCCGUGCAUUGCAAAACAUUCAUCUGAAUGUGGAUCGAUUUCCAAAAGAUUUAUUACUGCAUCGCUUCUUACCCAUGCUUCUCGACCUGUUGGACAAGUAUCAUCGUCGCUUGACAUUGCGCACUAGCCAGACCGGACAUUACAUACACACCGAGAGCACACGCCGUCGUUCGAUCAGUCAACAAGAUGUAGUUUCAAUAUCCGGACAAACGGAAUCAGAUAUGGAAGUCAUUCGAAAGCUGGUCCUGGCCGUAGCUUGUAUUGUCCAAAAAUCUAGUCCUGCGGAUUAUAAUGACUAUGUGGAACAUUAUGCAAUAGAUUUUAUCCGACGAUGUAAGCAUGUCGAGGUGAGUUAG